GACUCCGGAAUUGGCCUGGUAGCGCCGGGGGUGCGGUUUGGGCGGGCUUCCAGGCCAGGCUCUUCCAGAGUCGCCUCGUCGAGGCUUCCUCUUGCAGCUCAGCCACGGUGGUCUGGCGCCUGCAGCGCCCCAAAUCCCUAACCCCAGCUCGAACCUCUCUGCUUUCUCGUCCGGGCCUUCGCUGCCGCUAAGCCACGGUCGCCGCCACGCCUUAGGGGGAAGAACUCCGGGAGGCCUGCGGGGCUGCGAGGGAGAGCGUUUACCCGCCGGGACGGUCUCCUUUCUUCUCUCUGAAUUUUACCCGUCUUUCCAGGGGCCGGGUCCCCUGUGCCUUGCUUAGGGCAAGCCUUCCCUGCCUCGCCUGCCCUCUGGGAUGUCUCUCUGUCCUGAUCUCCCUCAUCGGGCGCUUUGUUUUGGUCGUUGUCUUCACAUGUCAGUCUUAUCUCUUCGGCCAAAUUGUGAGUUCUUAGGAGAUUCAGGACUUGGGUCCCUCCUUUUCUUGAAUACCAUUCAGGGUUCAUUCAGUGCCUUGCGUUACAGUAUAUACUCUUAAGUAUUUGCCGAUUGCUUCUUACCAUGACUCCUGAUGAAAAGAAGUGUGAGGAAUCCCUCAGGUUGUCCUGUAGUUGAACUUUUUUGUAGAAUUUGUGCUUAGAUCAUCUCAUCCUCAGAAGCAAGGAUGCGAAUAAACUUGUUGAGUUCUAAAGGUGUGUUAUGCUAAGCAUUUUAAUAUCCAUUGUAUAGUUUAGUCCAUAAAGCAAUUCAAUGAGACAGGGGUAAUUAUUCCCAUGCUACAUGGGGAACUGAAGCUUAAGUCACUGGCCUAAGGUCAUAUAGCUAGUAAAGUUAUGUGUAAAUGUUGGAGCUUCUAACCAGAUCUGUUGAAUCCAUCACCCAUUCCUGUGAUACUAACAUCUCGUUUUACAUUUAAGGAAACAGGUUCAGAGAAGCUGAAUGAUUUGUCCAAAAAUAAAGUAAGAAGUUAUAGAUUUACUUAAACAUUAAAAGAGCUCAUAGUAGGUAUGUGCUGGUCCUGUAGUUAGAACUGAACAGGGCACAGGCCAGGCUUUGUAGGAGCUCACAACUUACUGGAGGAAACUGACAAAAUAACUACUUAAAACACGUUUUGAGUAUUGUGUAUACAGAUAUGUCUGUGGGGAGGAGGGAAUCAGACAAGGAGAGGUAAGACAGGAAGAUGUUGGAGGAAAAUGGAGCCAAACUUCCUGGCUUUGAAUUCUGUCUCCAUCACUUCCUAGUUUUGUGACCUUGGGUAAAUGAUUUAACCUGUCUGAGCCCAUUUCCUCAUCUCUGAAGUGGAAUGAGGGGGGUGCCUACUUCAAUAGGGUUGUUGUAUUAAUAAUGAGUUUUUAAACAUAUAAGACACUUAGAACAGUGCUUGGCAUAUGGUAGAUUUAUUCAGUAGAUGUUGUUAUAUUAUUCUAGGCAGAGCAAAAUCAUUGAGAGAGAAAACUUGAACACAGGUCUCACAGCUGGUCCAUUGCCCUCUCCAAUAUACAAAUUGCCUCGUUUGCAAUCCUUGCCUACAGAAAGAGGAGUUGUGACCAGAUAGUCACUCAGUCCCACAACUCCCAGGGUAGAAACAAGCAGGGCACAGGGAGAGAAAGUAAAGAAGGCUGGGGACAGUAAAAGAGGGAUUCAGGGAGCUUUGCCUAAGUUUCAAGUCAUUCUAGAUAUCUAGAUAGCUUGCCUCUUGGGCCUUACCCACCAAUCUAACAACAGGUAUGUGUUUAGAAUAUUUGCACUCAGCACUAUGCUGGACACACUAUAGGGACACAGAUGAGUGUGAUAUGGUUUCUUCUCAGAAGCAGCUAAUAUUGUCCAGUUGGGUAAAUAAGACUAGAACACACAAAACAACUGUGAGUGACCAUGGCAGCAUAAAAAUAGGGUUAAGAUAUUCUGGUGUCAGUUAUGUUAGCCAUAGAACCAAGAGGCAAGAGUAAUCUGAGGGGAGGAGUAGUUUAAGAAUGCUUCGUGGAGUCCGAUCAGAUCUCGACAUUUAUUGAGUGUCUGGAGAGUACAAAGCUCUGUGCUAAUGCUGGGAAUGAGAAGUGAAGAAGUGAUGGUCCCUUCCCCGAGAAGCACCUGGUCUAGGGGAGACAGACAUUCCAUUCCAUUGUAACAAGUGCUGUAAUGAAGUGUGUACAGAGUGCUUUGGGGACAGGAGGUGGGAUACUCCAGCUGUAGGAGGAUGAAUUAGGAAAAAACUUGCCAAGGAGGGGACAUUUGGGCUUGAAGUGUGAAUAAAAGUUGCUUAGGCAGAGUUUUAGGAGAAUGUAGUGUCUUUAGGGACAAAGAUGAUUGAAUCAGAGAGGAAGAGGGAAUGAAUGGACAGGACAGGAAGCCAGUGACGCAGCAUGAUGUGGGGGGAAGAGCGUGAUCUUUGGAUUAGAAUCAGGGUGCUCUUAACACCAAAUGAAGUGAAGUUUGAAGAGGGCUCACCACAGGGCUGAUACACGGUAGGCCUUUCCCAGCUCCUGGAGAGGUAAGUUGAGGCCAGUUUGAGAAAAGCCUUGCGUGCCAUACUAAGUGAACUUGAUCCUGUAGAUAGUAAAGCCAGAGGAGGUUUGGGCUGUGAUGUCUGACUUAGGAAGGCUUUCCCUACUUUUCCUGCCCCAACAUUAUAAAAGUAGUUCACUUAUAAAAGGGCUUCACUGUUAGUCUAUAGCAGCUGAGCAGCUACAUGUACACCCCAGAGUGUCAAAGGUGACUGCCUUCUUCUCAGAGGAGGGGCAAAGGCUGUGGAUUAAAAGGGGUUUCUCUGGUAAGCAGUUAGAUAUAGGUUCUUGUACUUGUAGGCAUGAAGGAUUUUGUGUACAGGCAUGCGUCGCUUAAUGAUGGGGAUAUGUUCUAAGAAAUGCGUCGUUAGCCAAUUUCGUUGUUGUGUGAAUAUCAUAGAGUGUACUAAAGGGGAACAAAAUUUGCCAGCCCAAAAUGUGUCUCUUUAACAUGAGGAUUAUUUUAGGCUGAUUAUUUUUAAGAAACAAAAGACUUCUUAACUGCCUAAAAGAAUUCAGAUGUAAAAAAACCUGUCUCGGGAAUUGAGCUAUCACCUUAGCACAACAUGAACUAGGUGGUAGACAGGGAAGAACCUAGAAAAGCCUGUGGAUUGGGCUUCUCUCUGUGUUCUUCUGUUUCUGUGUGGCCAAACACUUGUUUUCCAAGCGUUUGCUCCUUUUCACCUACCUGUGAAUUGCCUUCCUUCCCUAUAAAGUCACUGACUCUCCCCACCCCCAAUAUCUUUUGUCCUUAGCUGAGGAUGGUAUUUAAGGUGAGGGCUUUGGCCAUUUUGGUGAGUCACUCCCUUUUCCUGGGUUUCUCCCAUGUGUACAUGUUAUUAAUUUUGUUUGUUUUUUCCUUGUUAAUCUGUCUGAUGUCGAUUUAAUUCUCAGACCAGCCAGAAGAACCUAGAAGGGUAGGGGAAAAUUUCUUCCCCCCCUGCAGUACUUACAUAAACCUUGAUCGUAUAGCCUAUGAUACACCUAGGCUAUGUGGUACUGUUCUUCGGUCAAUCGUCAUAUAUGCGGUCUGUCGUUGAGUGAAACAUCGUUAUGCAGCACAUGACUUUAAUUUUGUAUUUUCUGUUUCUUUCCUCUCUGUAUAUAGUAAAGGCCUUUUUCAGAGUUCCCACAUGUCUCAGGUAGGCCAGAGGGAGCAAUGCCUCAGUCCCUUCCAGGGUCCACCACUGUGGGGGCAGCAAGAAUCAGUGAGAAUCCUCAAGGAGGAGGUGACACUCAGGGACAGAGUCAAGGCCUCUUAGUAUCCCUUCUCCCAUCAAACUUUUGCUUGCAGUGUCAUCCUCUAUCGUUCUGUAAUGAGGGAAGCUAUUCUUUUAUUGUUCCUCAAACUUUGCUCCUGGAACUGCCAGCAUCAGAACUGGGGUGCCAAGGUGAAAGGGCAGAUUUCUAGGCUUAACCCCAGCCUUCCUGUAGGAACCUUUAGGGAAGGGGUCAGAAAACUGCAUUUGUAUGCGUAUUAAAGAUUGAGACCUUUAGUUUUUUAUUCAGCCUUCUUCAACAAAUGUUUAUUACAUGCCUAAGCAUGCCUCGCCCUGUAUACACUGGAGGUAUGUAUUGCUAGACAGAUAUGGCCUGUUGUGUUCAGAUGGAAUCUACAUUUUAGUUCAGAGGAUGUUAGGGGAGUGGUGGAGUAAACCACUGUAUAGGGUAGGCAAAUUGUACGGCACUUUGAAAGUCUGGUGGGGGACUUACCACAUGAUGCAGUGAGAAUUAAGGAGCUUCUGGACUCCUCUGCAGGUUCUGUGGAUUAGAAAGAAUAUGGACUUUGGAGUCAGCCCAGGCUGACCCUACCAUACCACUAGUCUGUGACCUUGAGCAAAUCAGUUCACCUCUCUGAGUCCUUAUCUCAGGGAAGGCCCCAAGUCCUUAUCUAUAAAUGAAGUUAAAAAUAGUACUUACCUCAUAGGGUGGUGUUGGUAAUUAAAUGACAGUGUAAAUAAAGUGCUAAGUAUGGUGCUUGGCAUAUAGUAAAUGUGAAAUUAAAAGCAAAAGGUUUUGUUAUCCUCAUUUGGAAGCUGAGGUGUUCAGGAGUAGAAGGGUUAAGUUACUUGGCCAGGGUCACACAGCUAGUAGGUGGUAGACAGAGGAGUUUGGAUUUGAACUCUGAUCCUUCUCCAAAGCCAUCUCUUUGAACUUGAGCGUUGUUCUGCCUCCCAUAGGAAUAAUUCCUUCUUGUUAGGUUGCUCUGAAACUUUGUGAGAAAAUGUCUGUUAAAGUUCUUAGCUCAGUGCCUGGCACAUGCUCAAUAAUGUUAGUUUGUGUUCUCUCUUCCCGAGAACACCAGACAGCUUCCAGGGGUUUGAGGAACUGCUACUCCGUCCUCAUUGAAAAAGCACAGAGUUUCUCACGGGUCAUUGGAAAACGCCUGCUGGCUCUAGGUAGGAUGCCUGCCCAGCUGUUGACCCCCAGCGGCACUUGGGUGGAAUCCUUGCAACUGUGGAUUUCUUCCUCCUCCUCUAGGGUGAAGGCCAUGCCGCCCCCUGGGAAAGUUCCCCGGAAGGAGAACCUGGGGCUCCAGUGUGAGUGGGGUUCCUGCUCCUUUGUGUGCUCGGCCAUGGAGGAGUUCUGCGAGCACGUCACUCAGCACCUGCAGCAGCACCUGCACGGCUCCGGGGAGGAGGAGGAGGAGGAGGAGGACCCGCUGGAGGAAGAAUUCUCCUGCUUGUGGCAGGAGUGUGGCUUUUGUUCUCUGGACAGUUCUGCUGACCUCAUCCGCCAUGUCUACUUCCACUGCUACCACACCAAGCUGAAACAGUGGGGGCUGCAGGCCCUGCAGAGCCAGGCCGACCUCAGCCCCUGCAUCCUGGACUUCCAGAGCCGCAACGUCAUCCCAGACAUCCCUGACCACUUCCUGUGUCUGUGGGAGCACUGCGAGAGCUCUUUCGACAAUCCCGAGUGGUUCUAUCGGCACGUGGAAGCGCACAGCCUGUGCUGUGAAUACCAAGCAGUUGGCAAGGAUAACCAUGUGGUGCUGUGUGGCUGGAAAGGCUGCACCUGCACCUUCAAGGACCGCUGUAAGCUUCGAGAGCACCUCCGCAGCCAUACCCAGGAGAAGGUAGUGGCUUGCCCCACCUGUGGGGGCAUGUUUGCCAACAACACCAAGUUCUUAGAUCACAUCCGUCGCCAGACCUCAUUGGAUCAGCAACGCUUCCAGUGCUCUCACUGUUCCAAGAGAUUUGCCACGGAGCGGCUAUUGCGGGACCACAUGCGUAACCACGUGAAUCACUAUAAGUGCCCUCUGUGUGACAUGACCUGUCCGCUGCCAUCGUCCCUCCGAAACCACAUGCGCUUUCGCCACAGCGAGGACCGGCCCUUUAAAUGUGACUGUUGUGACUACAGCUGCAAGAAUCUGAUCGACCUCCGGAAGCACCUGGACACCCAUAGCAAGGAGCCAGCCUACAGGUGUGACUUUGAGAACUGCAGCUUCAGUGCUCGAUCCCUCUGCUCAGUCAAGUCCCAUUACCGAAAAGUGCAUGAAGGAGACUCAGAGCCAAGGUACAAAUGUCACGUGUGUGACAAAUGCUUCACAAGGGGCAACAACCUCACCGUGCAUCUUCGCAAGAAGCACCAGUUCAAGUGGCCCUCAGGGCACCCCCGUUUUCGGUACAAGGAGCAUGAAGACGGCUACAUGCGGCUGCAGCUGGUUCGCUAUGAGAGCGUAGAGCUGACACAGCAACUGCUGCGGCAACUACAGGAGGGGUCGGACUUGGGCGCGUCACUGAGUGAGAGCAGCCUGCAGGGCACCCUUCUAGAAACAGUGCCAGGGGAGCCAGGACCCCAGGAAGAGGCGGAAGAGGAAGAGGAGGGCGGGGGCGAUGAGGGGACAGCCCUCUCAGCCUCUCAGGACACUCCCAGCCCUGUCAUCCACAUGGUGAAUCAGACCAACGCCCAAGGCGAGCGAGAGAUUGUCUACUAUGUGCUGUCUGAGGCCCCGGGAGAGGCCCCCCGGCCGCUGAGUCCCCCGCAGGGGGCAUCGUGGAAAAGCUUUGGGGAAUAGCUGAGGAGCCAGAAGUGCGGAUGGUGUGAAGGCUGCAGAGCCUGACCCCAGGCCCUGGGGUUUGAGCUGGGCUGGUGGCACUGCCUCUAGUGGGCAGCUCUUGCCAAUGGAUGCCUUUAGGAGUGAUGCUGAGAACAGUGCGGUCUGCUCUGGACCCAGCUUGCGUCAUUCAGCAGACUCGAAGGACUUCCCUUUUCUGCCAGGCCACAUUUUGUGGGAAUCCUGAGGAGUCUGGGUUCUUUGAGGGGGACACCCUGGUGGUGUGUGUUCUUGUACAGGUGGCUAGUAUCAGGCUUAACCAUAACCCUCUAGACAUGCUGGAACAGUGAUUAAAAUCUGUAGUCAACUCGCAUCUAUUCCCAUCUUUAGGGGUCCUUAGGCCCAGGGGUGACGUGUCACUGGUUCCUGCAAGGGCCCUUUCCUCACAACCAGCCACAGCAUUGUGAACCAGGCAGCCAUUUCCCUGUAAUGGGUUACUCCUACAACCCACGGUCUUUCAUGGUUAUCCUCAGGGACAGGAUUGGAGGCACUGUGUGUGUGUAACGGUUGUUUUUGGUAAUAAAAGAAAACACUUGGGCUGUUA